AUGAUUAAAGUAAUAACAAGGUUUUUCGCUGUUGUUGUAUUUUUGUUCUUUUUAAUCGUAGAUUAAGGAGCAGCUUCAGAAGCUCAUAGCAGAGUGUUUCCUAACAGAGGAGUUGCUGUGUCUUCGAGGACUUCUUAAUCUCAGCUUAGCUGUCUUAGAGGAAAAGGAUACAAGGAUUACAUUGUAAUUUCAGCAUUCGAAAAUAAUGCUCCUAAUCCUUUCUUCUUUGAAAAUUAUUACAAUGCUGUUGCUGCUGGCUACAAAGUGAUAGAUUUAUCUAUAUCUAUUUGCCCUACGAUGUAAAAUACAACUCUUUAUCUUAAUAAGAUCAUGCAAAAUUUCUUUUAUAACAUUCCAAUUUACACCAAUCAAACAUUAAAUGAUUCGAAUAGAAUGAAAUUCGACAUGAAUUUAAGAAAGAAUAUUAUAAUCAAAUUUGAUUCUCCUUUGAAAAGCUGCAUGCAAUGGAGAGGCCAUAAUUAUGAAUUUAAUUGCAAUUUCUUUAGCGAUGUAAAAAACAUGUUGCAGUUGACUUAUUUGCAAGAUUUUGGAGUUCAAACAAAUUUUUAUGAAUGGACUCAUCUAUUUGGAGGUGCUCAGUCUUGCAACUCAGAAGAUAAGGAUUAUCCAAUUUAUUACUACCCUUUGAUAUGGACAGGAGAUCAAUAAGGAAAUCCCAAUUUCAACACUACUUUGUACAAUGAAUUUGCUAGUUAGAUUAUGCCAUAAAUGAAACUGUACGAACAAAGAAAUGAAUGUGGUGGAAAUUUCGAAUUCAUAUCAUUUUGA